AUGAAUGACCCCUCAGGCGGUGCUCCUUUCCAAGCGGAGAGCCUCAAGGAAGGUAACCGGUAUGUCAAAAGUCUAUACCAAUGUGCUGCUGAUGGCACUCCAUCAAAGGGCAUGCUUGAGGAUCUUCAGAGACCAGCUCGGCCGUUGACGAGUGAUGAGGAGGUGCGAGCUCGCCUGUAUGAGCGCUAUCUUCACGCCGGAGGCCGGGUCUUGAGAGAAUUGUUGCCUAAAUUACUGCCACGAUCUGAUCGCUCUGUGUUCACUCAUGGUGAUAUUGCACCUUGGAAUGUCAUGGUCGAUGACCAGAACAAGAUCACGGACAUCCUUGGUUGGAAAUUUUGCAGGUUGGUACCCUGA